UUUUAGUGUCAGUUGGAUUUCAAUUUUGUGUCGAGAACCAGUGAAAUAUUUAAAAAUGCAAAUAAAUGUAUGUUGUGUUAUAUUGUUGGCAAUAAUAAGAAUUGACGCACAAAGUCUAAAUUUACAUGGAUACGUCGAGAAUAUUUACGGAUAUGGUGAUAAUGUCCCAGCUGCUACCCAGUUCUACAAUCCAACUUACACUCCUAGCUCCGAAAGAAUAAAACCUUCACAAUUUUCACCUGGAUUAUCACAGUAUCAACAGCUUUCAUCUCCAAGUCAGGAUACACCAUAUUCUCAAUAUGUAUCACCACCACAUUCUUAUGGCUCAUAUCGAUUCAAUUCGCAACCAUCACAUAAAAUUUAUCAAUCUCCAUCGGAAACAAUUAUCACUCCAGUUCAGCAUAGUACUGUCAUUCAUCAUACGCCUUAUAUAUCUAGUAUCUCCAGUCAAAGUCCUCCAUUUGUUGGAAAAUUACUUUAUUUAAACGGAAAAUCCCCUCAUGUGCAUGUUCAACCACUACAGCAACCCCCUGGGCCUUUACAACACCCUUUACAGAAACCUUUGCAUUAUCAACAACAACCACAAAAAUUCUAUCCGUCACAACAAAUAUAUCCACACUCUCAAGGGCAAUUCCUGCCAAUUAGGAACCCAGCACCACCAGCACAAGUUCAGUACAUCAACACCAAACCACAACCACCAGCUGAAUCUUCAUCAUCCAAUGCAGCGGAAAAUGAGGACGAAAAAGAAUCAGAGGAUAUCGAAGAAGAAAACGUAGAUUCUGAUGAUUCCGAAGAGAAAGGUGAACUUAACGAAGAAAACGAAGAUGAUGAAGAUUCGGAAGAAGUUGAACGAUACCGAGACGAGGAAGAAGACGAUGAAGAAAAGGAAGAUCGUCCAAAAUAUACCAACUACUCUUUCCAUUUCCACUCGCCACAAACAAAACCCAAUAAUCAACAAAAACACAAAGAAAGCGAAGAUGACGAAGAAGAAGAAGAUGACCAUCGUGGAGGAUAUAGAACACAUGAAAAUGUCGAAGAAGACGAAGAAGAAGACUCCAACGAAGAUUCAUCUCGUUUAAACUACAAUAAAUACAAUAAAAAAGUACCCAAAAACUAUACUAAGUUCGCUAAGUAUGAAAAACGUCCACAAAAUAAAUACGCAUAUAAACCAACAAAUGAUAAGAAGUUUGAUUAUGAAAGAUACACAUUUACUACAUCAAGACCGGAAAUCAAACACAGAGAUCACCAGAAAAGAUAUAAACAACAUUAUAGACAUGGAGAUGCAGAAGGCAGACCAUCAAAACAUGCUCCAACCACAACCAAACACAUGUACAGGGAAAAGUGGUUUAUAAUGAAGAAGAUAUAAACAAUAUUAAUAUUUUCUUUAAAUUAAUUUAAUUGUUUUAUUAUGUUUUAUGUUGUUUCAAAAUAAAUGUAUUUUGCUUUA